AUGUAUCAUUGGCAAUUGUGGUUAUUAUUUUUGAUAAUUCCUGUUAUUGGAAUUAUCUUAGGUGGAUUAUUUCUUUUUAUAAAACGUAAUCGUGGACAUGGAUGGUUGCUUUCGAAAUUUUCUGCUUUUACUCGUAUACGUUUUGAUCACUUAGAAAAACGACGACAAACCUAUUGUCCAGCUAAUGAAAAAUGUCAAUGUCAUAUAAAAGAUUCCGCUGCACAUAUUGAACCAGAUUUAUCAUGUCCACAUCGAGCACCAACAUUAUAUAUGAGUUUUGCUGGUGCUGCUAUGAUUGUUGGUGGUGUACGAACAACAGAAUGGCGUGGUUCAAUGAAAGAAUUGCAUCGUGAUGUAGAUGAUGAAUUUGAUGCAAUAUUUUUUACAGAUCCAGCGCAAUGUUUUUAUUUACAAGAUCCAAAUUAUCAAUGGGAUGGUUUAGCAUAUUAUCGUAAUUUAGUAAAAUUAUAUUCGACACUUUAUCGACGUGUUAUUUUAAUUGGUGCUAGUCUUGGUGGAAGUAUGGUGUGUAUGUGUGCAGAUUUAGCAACAUUAUCAAUUGCUUUUAAUCCUAUAUUAGAUCCAAUAUUACUUGGUUUACCUUGGCGUAUAAUGGGUGCUUACUGUCCAAAAUCAAAAGCACAUGCUAUUGUUGAUCAAGUACAAACUACUAUGGAAAAAAUUACUGCGAAUAAAACUAGUCAUAAUUGUGUACUUCAUAUACAUUGGAGUCGAUUAUCAAAAGCUGAUCAAAGACAAGCUCAUCGAGUUGUUGGCGGUGGUAAACAUGAAAAACCAAGACAAAUUACAUGUGUAACAUCAGUAAUGGAUUUUGACCUCGAUCAUCCAGAUAUGAAUAGUGCAAAUGGUGUUCACAUUUGGUUUCAUGAAUGUUCUCGUCAUGCAUUAGCAAUGCAUUUAAAACGAACUAAUGAAUUGAUACCAUUAUUAAGGCAUCAUUUAUCGGCAACAUCAAUAACUUUUGCUACGAUUAGUCAUAAAGUAGAAGAGAAACAACGUCAAGAUUCCUAUACAAUUGAUCUUUCAUUACCACCUAAAUCUGAUGAAAAUCAAGAGAAAGAUUUUGUUCAAAUUGAAUUAUAA